GCCCGUCAGACACUUCCUGCAUGCGAGAAAACGCCUAAUGUUAUGCACAAAUAAUUUCUCAAUGAAGGAAAAUACCCGUGGAUCAGAUUAGAUUACGAGCUCAAUCGACAUGAGCUGGAUACCGUUCAAGGUCAGCCAACCGAAGAAGGAGGUCGUAUCGAAAACGGUUGAAAGGGACUUUGAAAGAGAAUAUGAGAAGCUUCAAAAGCUGGAAGAUCAGACUAAGAAGCUCCACAAAGACCUGAAGAAAAGCACAGAGGCUGACAUAGCCAUGUCCAAAGCGGCGGUGAAGAUCGCGGCGGACCUGCGGCAGAACCCCGUGUGCGAGCAGGACCAGGGCUUCCUGGACUCCAUCGCUGCCCUGGACACCGCCAUGCGCAGGAUGGACUCCUUCAACCAGGAGAAGGUCAAUCAAUACCAGAAGACAGUCAUCGAGCCACUUAAAAAGUACAGCGGUGUGUUCCCCAGCCUGAACAUGGCAGUGAAGAGGAGGGAACAGGCCCUGCAGGAGUAUAAGCGUCUGCAGUCCAAGGUGGAGAGAUACGAGGACAAGGAGAGGACCGGGCCCAACAUGGUCAAACUGCACCAGGCCAAGGAAGAGCUGCGGCCAGUGAGAGAGGAGUUUGAGGCCAAGAACAAGCAGCUGCUGGAGGAGAUGCCCAAGUUCUACCAAAGCCGCAUUGACUACCUGCAGCCCAGCUUCGAGGCGCUCAUACGCGCACAGGUGGUCUACUUCACUGAGAUGCAUAAGAUCUUCAGUGAGCUCACCGAGCAGAUUGAUCAGGAGGGGCUGACGGACGAGCAGAGAGAGAGAGAGAACGAGGCCAAACUCGGUGAGUUGCGUGCGCUAUCCAUCGUAGCCAGUGACUGAGAGAGGGACCAGAGACCGCCCAGGCGUCAGCUCGCCAAGGAUGGAGGCUCUUCACCUCUCUUCUCCCUCUCCAACCCUCUCUCUCCCUCCAGCUGGCUUCUCCCUGUUGUAUCACCGUGUUUACAAAGCCAUCAGCACUGUGUUUUAUUUUACUGUUACUGACACUUAGAACUUGAAUGUUUUAUGUUAAAAAAAAAAAAUGAAUUUAAUGAAGCUGCAUGGUCUCACACACUGUUGAUUUUGUGAAGAGAUGGAAUAGAGGGGAAAGGUGCGAGUCUUAGUCUCUGUUCAUCUACAUCAUUUAAUCAAGGGGCCAUUUAUGUAUUUGCCUCUGUUCCAUAAAUGACCUGGGUACUUUCUCCUCUUAACAACUGAUCCUGGAUCUCAAUCUAAAUUGAACAUUGAACAUUGACAUUGAACAUUUGGGGUUAGGGUAGGGUUUGGACAAGCUGAUCUCAGAUCUGUUGUCAAGGGCAGAAUACACCAGUUUUACAACAUUAGAAUGUAGCCGUCAUUGUAAGCGCCUUCCUUCAGUCAGACCUGAAGCUUUUGUACCCUCUAGUGGCAGCAAAUGGACUUAGUUUCCAACGCUGAUAUUCAAUAUAAUGAACAUUGUAAGUA